GAAUCGAGGAUAUGGAGAAAUUGGAGGCCGAAUUGCAGAUCUGUGUCGAGAAGCUACGGCAGAAUGUUGAGGAGCGGGAUGAGAUGAUCCGGUUCAUGUCGAGAAGCUGCGGCAGAACGCUGAGGAGCAGGAUGAGAUGAUCCGGUUCAUGUUAAGGAAGGCGGAUGAUGAGGAGGAUGUGAAGGAAACAGAGAUCCGUGGGCACGGAUCGAAGAGCAGGGCCACGUUUGGUAGGAAUGUGGAAGAAGGCGGCGAUUUAGGGGAGUAUUGCAUGGAUUUUUCGAGGAUUGGGAGAAUUAGGGUUUCGUAGGGGUUAGAUCCAGUCCCUGAGGCUUGUUUCAUGGAGAGGAUUGUGGAAUGGAAUGUUGCUGAAGUGGACGGGAUGACAGUUCUUUACAAGCAGAGGAAUGACUUUGGGAGGGAUUUCUUGCCAUCAACUUCUGUUGCUUGGAUGGAACGGUCGAGUGAAUGGCAGCAGGGUGGAAUAUCAAAUGGUGAAAUGAUAACCAUGAGGAUAGCUUUCAAGCCUACUUCUACAAUUGUAAGGAAACAACAUACAGUGACCAGAGACCGACAUGAGACUGAGCUCAUUGCACGAGGACGCCGUGAUCCUUGUGUGGUCCCUCGAGCUGUGCCGAUGGUGGAAGCCAUGGUUGCUUUGGUUAUUUUGGAUCAACUGAUGGUGCGGUAUGCACAAUGCCAGCUGCUACCCAUCAACCCUUGCCUCCAAGAACCUGUGGAGGCACCAAAGCUUGAGAUUGUGGAAGAACUUCUAAUUGCUACUGUUGCAGAUGCUGAUGUUAGUGUUCGUCAGUCAGUCUUUCUAUCUCUGCAUGGAAAUGGAGGUUUCGACGAAUUUUUGGCACAGGCUGAUAGUUUGAGUGCUAUCUUUGUUGCUCUUAAUGAUGAGGAUUUUGAUGUUCAAGAGUUUGCUAUAUUAGUUGCUGGCAGAUUGUCUGAAAAGAAUCCAGCAUAUGUUCUGCCUGCACUUCGUCGCCAUCUCAUACAAUUGUUGAUGCAUCUUGAGCAAAGAUAGCAAAUGCAGAGAAGAAAGUGAUAAACUCUUGGGCUGCCUAAUUCGCAACCUAAUGUUGCAUUAGACGUAAUCAAAAAUCAAAAGCAGCCUUCAUAUAAGGAGGUUAGUUUUUUCUAGUUGAAUAUUUAAUACAGAAAUGACAUUUUAGUGAUGUCUCAUUAGUAGGUUGCUGUCCUGCAGAUGGGUAGCUAUGAUGCAAUGAUUAUGCAGAAGCUUGUUGCCAUGCAACAGUUGGAAUGUGAGCUUGAGGCCAUCUCUACCAUUAAUUACCAGGGAAUUAUGUUAUUCCUAGUGAAGAAGUUCUUGCGGGUCUGUAUUGAUUUAGUUUAAUCGCUUCAUUGAGGUUGAGUUUAAAUGUUGUUAGUGGUUAUCUUCCUUUGGCAGGAACGUUUGGAGGAUCUAACAGGUAAAGAUGCCCAAGAGAAAUCUGAUGCUGCUAUAGAAACCCUUUUACAAGAGCUUCUAGAUGAAAGAAAUGUCAAUAAAAGACCGGAUGAUUCAAAACAGAUACUGGAAAAGUCAAAGAAAAAGAAAAAGAGAGAUUAUAGAAGAGAUAAGAAUAUAAAUAUUUGUGGAACCUAAUGUUGUGUAACAGUUUGAUUGAGUUUGUUUUGAAAACUUUAAGUAGACUGUUGUUAACUAUUUUGUUGGUAUUAUGGCUUUCAUGAUUGAUUGUUUCA